GCGACAAACAUGGCGGACUUGUGAUCAUGAUGAACCGGUCAUGCCAAACUUUCUUCGAAAUACUUCAUGGCAUUGCACCGUACGGAGGUUUUUAUGGGACUACACUGCGCCAACAUGUGUAUUUUUGAGACUACAGCCUCAAACGCCGCAAACAAAUCCGACGUAACCGGAGGAAUACGAACCAGGUCACAGACAAAGCGACUGAGACAUCAGGAAGAAUUCAAAACAGAUCAUCGACAACAGAAGACCUGUUCCUGUCAGGAGAAUCAUGGUGCUUUAUUUAUCCCCAAAACUGUGCAGCAACCAAAAGACUUGUACGCAGAGUUUAGCAUUGAGUACAGUAGAAGAAGGAUUUGGACUCCCUUCUUGACAUUGUUACUUGUAGAUGCAUGUCUACUGUGGUACACAACAAGCAGUAUAGAAUCCAAGUUCCAGUGGGUCCUGUACGUGUCGGGAGGCUUGCUGCCCUGCCUCCUUCUGUACUACCUCAGCUGCGUGCAGGUCCGUUCAGAGUCCAUCCAGGCGGUGGCGUCUACGGGAGUCCAGCUCACCACCACCUACAUCACGGGCAGGCGGCGCGCACGCUACUACGACACGGCGGAGAUUCAAGAUGUCAUCAUCAAUGAAGUGGUGACAAUGCAUUCUGUAGUGUUUUACCUGGUGCUGCUCAUCAAAGACCCUCACAGUAGCAGUCUGAGGAGGGUCGUGCCCGUGUUUCAGCAUUCCUACCCAAAGUUGGACUUCCUGGUGAGAGUUUACAAUGGGGUCCAGGAUGUUCUCUAUCCAGGCAGUACCCGUGGACAAUGACACAUGUUUACUCAUCCUUUACCAGUACAUAUGGAUAGUAGGACAUCUUGUGGUGAUCUUACAAACCAGAGAUGUUUAUUUCAUUGGAGGUGCAAGAGAUGAAUGAACUUGUGAUCAGACUGCACAGAACUUUAUUUGUACAUCAAUAUUGUAACAAGUAAAUAGGAACUGCAGAAGAGGCAACCAUUUAAUGUUCGCUUGUGACUGGUGGUACGACAGGGAAGUUGCAGUUGUGAAAAUAUGAACUGUCUGCAAGAUUUUGUAUACAUUGUGUGCAGUGUUUAUCAGGGGUUGUAACAAAUAAGGACAUAAACUAGAGUCGGCAUGCAAAUUUUGUAUGGAAGCAUGCAUUCUUGUACUUCAAUUUUGCUGCUUAUAUA